UCCUGUUCAUGAUCGAUAUGCCGAUUUUGGAAUUUGCCUUUGUUUUUACCAUUUAAUAUUAGGUCCCUGUUCAUUGCACUGUUUGCACGAUGAAUGUAGAAGAAUUAUAAACGUAUAAGUAGUUAAAUUAUUGUGGUGAAUGAUGGCAAAAGUUUUUCUUAAAGAAGACAGGUAUGGGGAAAAACUGUUGAAAACUUUGAAUGUUUUAAGAAAAGAAAGAAAAUAUAGUGAUUUUUACAUAGAGACUUAUUCUGGUCUAGUCCCUGUUCACCGUGUCGUGUUAGCUGCUGCCGAGAGUUGCCACUUAAAGUCAAAAGGUUUUCUUUGUGGUGAUAUAAAUACAUUUGAUUUAACAGAAUUUAAUAAGAAUGUUGUAGAGAUAUUUGUAUCCUAUUUAUAUACUGGAGAAGUAUAUCUUACUGGCGAUUCAGACAUUAAGGAUUUUGUAAAUCUCUGCAAAAAGUUAGAAUUCAAAACUCUUCUAAAUCAUAAAGAAUUUCAGAAGCCUAACAGUAAUGAAAUAUCAAAAAACCACACCAAUGAGUUGUUUGAGGAGGAUACAGUUAACAGUCAGGACUCAGACAGUGAACCACACCCAGUUUACUUAUCUACAAAUCGUGAUGGACAAAUGUUUGUUAAAUCUGUUCCUUCUAUACAUUCUAAUGAUAAUCAAAACACUAACGUAUCAAAUACUUCCAAAUUACCUGAAUCAACAGAAGGUCCUUCAUUACAGGAGUUAAUUAUCAAACAGGAACCAAAUAGUGAUGAUGAUUCUGAUAAUGAGUUAGAUUCUAUUGAAGCAGAAUCCAGCUUGACUCAAUCUAAUAAACUUAAACAAAAAAGACCAAAUAAGAAAACUUUGAAAGGGAAAAACAAAAAGUUAAAAAGUACUACUGAAUCUGUGAAACAAUAUGCCGAACAGUUAGUUUCAAAAGUAGUUGGAAUGGGUGAAGGAGGUGGUGAUAUUGAGGAGGAUUCUGGUGAUAAUGAUGAUGCCUUAGGUGAAAAUGAGGAUGAAGUAGGUGAUGCUGACGACCAAGAGUCGGAGGAAAGUCAGAAUGAUUUUGUUAUAAAAGAAGAACAAGACUCGGACUCGGAUGUCACCAAAGAUGCAAAUUCUGAUACAGAUAAGUUUGAAACAUUAAAGCUUGCUCAUGUUGCUGAAUCAUGCAAAAAAGGGACAACAUUUAUGUGUGAUGAAUGUGGAAAAAGCUUUAAUACUAAAUGUGGCAUGAAUAAGCACAUCCGUUCAAAACAUAGAGGAGAGCAAGGUAUGCCACACCAAUGUACUAAUUGUGGCUACAAAUGUAUCGAAAAACACCAAAUGGAAAGACAUUGCAGAAAAUAUCAUGGUAGUGAGAAAUUACAGUGUACAUAUUGUAACAAACUAUUUACUACACAAUCAGGACUAAAGAGACACGAAAUUAGCCACCAUCUGUUAUCUCCCUUACUUCAAUGCAGCGAAUGUUCCCUGAACUUCACUCGAAAGGAUUUACUAGAAGAUCAUGUACAGGCAAUUCAUGCAAACAAUUACAGGUAUACGUGUUCCUGUUGUGGUGCCAAAUACAAGUGGAGAGGCAGUUUGACAAAACAUUUCAGAACAAAACAUAAAAAAAAGAUUUGGAAUAAUAUAAUUAAUAUUGUAACUUGAAAAUGUUAUCAAAGAUUCUAAACCAUUUCAGAAAAAAUGAACAAGUUAAUCAUGAGAAUCAUGUAAAUACAAACUAUUUAUGACAAUCACGGUAAUACAAAAUAUUGAUGACAACCAUGUUAAUACAAACUAUUGAUGACAAUCAGGUUAAUACAAACUAUUGAUGACAAUCAUGUGUAUACAAACUAUUCAUGACAAUCAUGUGUAUACAACUAUUUAUGACAAUCAUGUUAAUACAAACUAUUCAUGACAACCAUGUUAAUACAAACUAUUGAUGACAAUCAUGUUAAUACAAACUAUUGAUGACAAUCAUGUUAAUACAAUCUAUUGAUGACAAUCAUGUUAAUACAAACUAUUCAUGACAAUCAUGUUAAUACAAUCUAUUGAUGACAAUCAUGUUAAUAAAAACUAUUGAUGACAAUCAUGUUAAUACAAACUAUUGAUGACAAUCAUGUUAAUACAAACUAUUCAUGACAACCAUGUUAAUACAAACUAUUCAUGACAAUCAUGUUAAUACAAACUAUUCAUGACAAUCAUGUUAAUACAAUCUAUUGAUGACAAUCAUGUAAAUACAAACUACUCAUGGCAAUCGCGUUUGUACAAACUAUUCAUGGCAAUAAUGUAAAUACAAACUAU